GGGAUCCCAUGCUGCCACCCCACCGCUGGGGCGGCUCCGCCCAGCCUCUUCCUGCUGCCACCGCCUUUGCUGACUCACCUGCCCAGCCUCCUACUGGGUUGGGGCGGGGGCUUGGUGCCCCAGAACCCAGAGAGGCAGCAGAGGCGUCUAUAAAAGCACGUUGGACCAGUCGCCGGCAUACUACUUGGCUACCGCCAGCUGCCGCACGAUGCUCGGAGGACUGGGGAAACUUGCCGCUGAGGGCCUGGCCCAUCGCACUGAGAAGGCCACUGAGGGAGCCGUUCAUGCCGUGGAGGAAGUGGUGAAGGAGGUGGUGGACCAUGCCAAGGAGGUUGGGGAGAAAGCUAUUGGCGAUGCCUUAAAGAAGGCCCAGGAGUCAGGGGACAAAGUGGUGAAGGAGUUCACUGAGACAGUGACCAACACAGUCACUAAUGCCGUCACCCAUGCAGCGGAGGGCCUAGGCAAGCUGGGACAGUGAGCACAGCUGCCACCACCAUCAACCCUUCCCGAAUCUCAAUAA